UUUACAUUUACACUAGAUUGCCAAAAGUAUUGGGACCCCCCUCCAAAUCAUUGGAUUGAGGUGUUCCAAUCACCUCCAUGGCCACAGGUGUGUAAAAUCAAGCACCUAGGCAUGCAGACUGCUUUUACAAAUAUUGGUGAAAGAAUGGGUCGCUCUCAGGAGCUCAGUGAAUUCAAGUGUGGUCCCGUGAUAGGUUGCCACCUGUGCAAUAAGUCCAUCCGUAAAAUUUCCUUGCUACUAAAUAUUCCACGGCCAACUGUUAGUGGGAUUAUAACAAAGUGGAAGCAACUGGGAAUAACAGAAUCUCAGCCAUGAAGUGGUAGGCCACGUAACAUGACAGAGUGGGGUCAGCGCAUGAUGAAGCGCACAGUGCGCAGAAGUCAUAAAACUGUCUGCA